UAUAGGGUGGAGUGACGAAGCGUCUCCUAUGAGAUCUGACUGCUGUUUGCGCAACUGUCGGUGGAGAGCGCAGUCUGACAUCGCUGGGAGGAAAAUGUCCUGUUGGUUGAGGGAACAGACUUUGUUGCUGGCGGAAGAUUACAUCAGCUUCUGCAGCGGGAUCCAACAGACGCCUCCCAGCGAGUCAGCAGAGGCCAUGAGAUACCUGGCCAAAGAGAUGGAGCAGCAGCACAGAACCAAAUUCCGAUCUCUCUCCAAGGAGUUCCUGGACACCUGCGGAUCCGAUCCCAGCAAGUGUCUGCAGAGGGUCAUGAGGGAACUGGUGGGAGAUGGGAAACUGAACUGGGGGAGGGUGGUCUCCAUCUUUACUUUCACUGGAGUGCUGGCCAGUGAGCUCCUGUCCAGGGGAGACAAUUCGGAGUGCUCCCGGAGACUGGCCGAGACCAUCGCUGACUACCUUGGAGGGGAAAAACAGGACUGGCUGGUGGAAAACGGAGGCUGGGAGGGUUUCUGCAGGUUUUUCCACAACGCAAGACAGCUGAACCAAGAGUCCUCGAUGAAGACGGCACUGUUCGCAGCAGCAGGAGUGGGUUUAGCUGGUCUAACCUUUCUCUUAGUACGCUGAUGAUUUUAGGUUUUCUCUUUCUUUCACACAACACACCUGCUUUCUGUUUUCUGUCAUACGGCAAAACAUCAAAACAGCUCUGGUCUUUAGCUUUUUGCACAUUUUUUUUUCCAAGUCCACGCCUGUAAUUACAGCAAACAGUCAUUCAUGUUGAUUGUACACUCUUCACAUGGCCUUCAGGAGGAAAGAAUAGAAGUUGGAGUUCUUUGCAUAUCUAACAUGGUGCUUUUUAUUUUAUUAAAUUGCUUUUGUCACUUGUUCCUGUGUAAAUCAUGUUAGUUUAGAUAGUAUUUACAGUUUGUGAAAAUGACACCACAGUUUAUUGUUUGUAAUGUUUCUUUCAGUCUGUAAACAAGACGCCCG